AUGACGACUCCUUUGAGAGUGUUGGCUGUGAAGGGCAGGAGAGAGACACCAGUAGGUGAGGAAGAACGAUUGAGUAAAUAUGCCUGGGAUACAAAUGAGGAAUAUCUCUUCAAAGCAAUGGUGGCUUUCUCCAUGAGGAAAGUUCCCAACAGAGAAACGACAGAAAUUUCCCACGUCCUAGUUUGCAAUGUAACCCAGCGAGUGUCAUUCUGGUUUGUGGUUACAGAUCCUUUGAAAAAUCACACCCUUCCUGCUGUUGAGGUACAGACAGCCAUAAGAAUGAAUAGGAACCGGAUCAACAGUGCCUUCUUUUUGAAUGACCAGACUCUUGAAUUUUUAAAAAUUCCUUCCACUCUUGCACCACCCACCGACCCAUCUGUGCCCAUCUGGAUUAUUAUAUUUGGUGUGAUAUUUUGCAUUGUCAUAGUUGCAGUCAUGCUAUUGAUUUUAUCAGGAAUCCGGCAACGUAGAAGGAUGAGCAAAGGACCAACUGAAGUGGAUGACCCUGAAGAUAAGUGUGAAAACACGAUCACAAUUGAGAAUGGCAUCCCCUGUGAUCCCUUGGACACCAAGGGAGGGCACAUUAACGAUGCCUUCAUGACAGAGGAUGAGCGGCUCACCCCUCUCUGAAGGGCUGCUGUUUUGCUUCCCCAAGGAACUCAACACGUGUUUCUGCGCAACUGCUAAGCAUUAUAAAUGAUCAAAGGCAGAUUGUAUAUUUUGUUUCACCAUUCUUCUUUUGUAAGAAAUUUUCAAUGUGCAUGAAAGUAAAAGGCAAUCAGUUAUAUCCAUGAAGACCUUUGGAAUCAUAAGCUGUUGACUACUCAGAAUAUUCCAAAAUAUUUCUCCAACAACACAAUGUGUAAUUGUAGUCAUGUGGUGUCUUUAGUUAUUGGUUUAAAAAUGCAUUCGUGUUAAGCAUUUCUAGAAAUAAGGUCAGGCCACUACAUGUAUUUUUUUUCACACUUUGAAGACCUAAAGAGAAAUAUUUUUUUCCAGUGGAAAAUACCUAUAAUAUGGUAUGGAAAUCUUUGAAAAUGGAUCCUUUUUGAAUAUUGUUUAUGUUACUCUGCACAUGACUAAGAAAUCAAGAAUAGAAAAUAAUGAUUAUAACUGAGAUGGAUGAAUAUGGGAGUAUCAAUACAUGAGGUGAAAUUUGAUCCUGUUAUCAUACCAAUACUUGCUUAUUCUCUAUCAGUCUCUGAUAGGGUAGCCCUAUUUGUUGACUAUUUCUGCAAUUUGUAAAAGUACAAUCUAUGUGAAUUUAAUAAAGUGCUAAUCAUCUCU